AUGGCUCCCCAGUUCUGCCAGGACGCUGAAGAGGCUGAGGAAAAGACGCUCGCAUCUCUGGCGGACAGACAGCCAGUGCGUGGUGGCCUGGGGCCUCCAGCUGGAGCAGCGGUGGAUCCCGUGGCUCCCUCAGGCCAUCAGGACGCCAAGCCCCAGUCCUCACAAGUCUUCUUCCCCAUCGACCUGCAGGCAGCCCCCGAGUCCUUGGACCCCCGCACCCUGCGGCUGCUGUGGGGACAGCGGGAGCUGGAGAUCCAGGCCCUGCGGUGGGCUGUCCAGGGCGGCCAGGGUGCUCGGUACUACCACAUCCUGCAGGAGGUGGCUGGGAUUCCCCCAGAGAGAAGCUACCGAAAUCAAGAAAAGUUCCUGCAGAACCAGGUGCAGAAGCUGACCCUGGAGCUGAGAGAGCAGAAGAAACAAGCCCAGCUGGAGAAAGAGCAUCUGGAGCAGCGGCUGCUGCAGACCAUCGAAACGCUGCAGCAGCUGGAGGUGGAGCUCCAGACCUUCCAGAAGUCCUGCCUCCUGAAACUGGCCCAAGCCUCCUGGGUGGGCCGCAUACUGCGGUCUCAGACCGGCAGCGUGGAGGUGGUGACAGCAGAGACACUGAUGGAUCCCAGUGACUCCUCUGAGAACGAGCUGCUCCCUGCUGGGGAGGGUUUCCAGCUGAAGGAUGUGGACUGGAACAGUGUUGCCCAGCGGUACCCCAACCUGUUCACGGAGGUGCCAGCAUCCAGUGAGCAGGGCAUGGCCCACAGGCAGCCACGGCCGCCACCACAGCCCCCGAAGAACGAAUGGGAGUCCGAAUCCCGCCCAGGGCGCAUGGAGGGUCACACCAAGAGCGUGGAGUGGAGCAGCCUGCCCUUGGGCUCCAGCAGCUCAGGGGCCACAGACUCUGACACCAGAAGCUCCCAGCUCUCCGUGCCCUCACCCGUGCAGAGGGUAACAGGGCACCCGCCUGGGGAGUCGAGCCGCUUCUCUUUCCAGCUGACCAGGGGGCAGGAGAAGGCCCUCAGCACAGAUGCAGUACCUGCAGAUCUCCAGAAAACCGUCGCGGACACGCCAGACCAGACCGGCCUGCUGCCCAAGGCCAGCGAAGUCUCCGACCACCGGCCUCACGGGAGACUGAUAGGCUCCUGCCUGAAGAUCGUGGCCGUGAGCCGCCGCGAGAAGUUCGUCCGCGUUCUCAACCAGUCGCUGGAGGAGACGGCCGACUUGGGCGGCUUGGUGCUGCAGCAGCUCCUGCAGGAGCUCCCGGUGUGCACCUACCGCUUCCCGUCUGGCACGCUGCUGGCGCCGCGGCACCAUGUCACGGUGUGGGGCGAGGGGACCAGCAGCACCAAGAAGCACCCGCCCGCAUCUUUGGGCCAGGAGUCUGUCAACUUCCACUCCAGCCGUGGCUGCGUGACCCUCCUCCUGAACCCCAAGGGCGAGGUCCUUAGCGAGUACCAGGCCCCGCACUGUGUGACCUCCGUCUCGAGGAACUUCUCCGACAACACCGAUUUAUCCAUCGACCGCUUCCCGCUCUCGGAGGCCCAGCCGGGCGCCGACAUCUGCGAGCAGCGGUGUGGGUCUCGGUCCUCGCGCAAGCGCCGGGCGCGGGGGUCCCGGGCGGAGCGCGGGAGGCCGAGGACGCGGGUCUUCUUGCCGCUCCUGAGCUCCAAGAAGCUCAUCCACCCGCGGGAGACGCCGGGGCGGCCCAAGGGCGCCGAGGCCGAGGCCCUGGAGUCGCUGCCCACCAUCCCGGGUGAGUGCGCGCGGGCCCGGAGGAGGGGCGGAGCAGGGAGGACUCGGCCGGCCUGACCCCCUCCAUCCUUGUCCCGCGCAGAGGCCAGGCCGGGCCUCGACGGCAGCCAGGCCAGGAAGGAGCACACGGUCCGGGUGUGCCGGAAAGGCGUGGACCGGAGCUGCCCCAUGGUGGCCUUGUCGGUGCAGACCACCGCUGAGAGCAAAUACGGCUUUCGUUUCCUGAGCUGCCCGCCGAUCACCGUGGACGCGUGUGGGCGGGUGUGA